GAUAAAAGCGGCUGCGGGGCGCUGCGGAGGCUCAGAGCUGAGCCGAGCCCAGAUCCUCAGCACCAGCCUCCGCUGCCAGCCCGGACCAUGAGCCGCCGCCGGAGCUUCGCCCCCGGCAGCCCCCUGCUGCUGCUGCUGCUGGCCUGCGCCGCGCUGUGCCAGGAAGAUGCCCCUAUGACCGGCGAGCUGCAGUGCCAGUGCCUGCAGACCCAGGCCGCGUUGAUCCACCCCAAGCGCAUCGCCAACGUGGAGCUGAUCCCCGAGGGGCCCCACUGCGGGGUGCAAGAAGUCAUAGCCACCACGAAACACGGCAAGAAAGUCUGUCUGGAUCCCACCGCGCGCUGGGUCAAGCUGAUCGUCACCAAGAUCCUGAACAGUAAGAUACCUGUGGAUCAACCUGCCUUGGCAGACACCGUCAUUCCGAUGGACCGAAAAUAAGGAUUUAACUUACCCAUUGCAAGCGGAGAAUUUAGAGGGAUAACACCUGUGUAUUAGCAAACAUGUUAACCUGAGCUAUGGGCGGAGCCAUUAUGUCAUCUUUUAGACUAUUGGCUUAUUGUGCUAAUCUUGUCUUGCCGCUAGAAUCUAUCCAGGGGCUCGGGAACUUCCACCCCGUCGCUUCUCUCCGCCCACUGGCACCCUAUAUCAUCUAUUGUAAUCAAUUGUUUAGCCGUGUCUCACUGAGCCUAAUAAGCGAAGUGACACUCCGCCAGCGCUGUGCGUAAUAAACCCUCAUGCUUGACUCUA